UUGCACACAUUACGACCAAGACCAUGACCGUACUGUGCUCCCAUCACCGGAUAGUUGAGAAGGAACCGUCCAAAGUAAAUCCACGUUGGAGAUCAUGCACCGUGUUCUCGUUACUGCUGAUUGUUUCCUCGUGUUUAGUGGUUAGUUUCAGUCUGCAUGGUUUAAUUGCCGACUUCAAGAACCAUUGCUUGCUUAAGGCAAACCUACAUAUCGUAGAGAUAGCAGGCGAUAAUGGAACCACUUCCGGUGGAACGAAUGAAACCGUUGCACAGUAUGGUAUUGACGAAUAUUGGAGCAACUGGAACAGUGGAACGUAUUGCGACACACUGAAAAAUAUGCCACUCUUUCAGGCUAUAAGUUGCAUUAUUUGGCUAGCACUUUUCCUCGUUCACGGUCCGGGAGGAAUCCUACCACAACCCUGGCGUAUCGUGUUUCCAUCGCUAAUAUUUUUCCUAUCCUGUUCUAUAGUGUCCUUUGUAACGGCAAGCUUGAUUACAGAAGGGCUAACGCAUUUGUGCGGCGAGUUUCAAAAAGUGGACUCCGUGCGCGGUCUUAGCUGUGCCCGGCUAAUAGUUUACUUUUCGCUCGUUCAGGACAACACAACGCUUGUGCAGGCGGAUAAGAACUUUUUCCUAACACUCGUAUUUUCCUGGCUAUGGUUUGGUGCUACCGUGCUAGGACUCCCACCAACAAACAUGACGUACAACUUGGAUGAACUGAAGAAACGGUCCGCCGUGUCCGCGCCGUCCCACAACAUCGCCAGCAACCUGAAACCCGCGCCCAAACAUGAAAAAGUGCCAGAAUCGUCGAAAAACAUCACCGAAAUCACUCGCACCCAUGGGACAGCGUACGUGAUCUUCUUUUCGCUGCUGCUAGAUCUGCUAGCGUUCACCAUGAUACUGCCACUGCUUCCGUCCCUGCUCGAGUAUUACCGGAAAAAUGAUAACCAACUGUACGGCUAUCUGGCGGACAGUAUUAAGCAGUUUCAGGUGUGGAUCGGAGCGCCUGAACGCUUCACAAGCGUUCUGUUCGGUGGCGCACUAGGAUCCAUGUUCAGUUUUCUCCAGUUCCUGAGCAGUCCAAUUGUCGGUGCUCUGUCCGAUUAUUAUGGUCGCAAACCACUCAUGCUACUGUGCGCGACCGGCAUUGCGGCUUCGUACGGGAUUUGGGCGUAUUCGGAAUCGUUCCUGCUGUUUGUGAUAGCUCGCUUCGUCGGUGGCAUUAGCAAGGGCAAUGUAUCGCUCUGUAUGGCCGUCAUAACGGACGUUUCGAACCAACAGAACCGUGGCAAAGCGAUGGCCCUGGUUGGGAUUGCUUUUUCACUCGGGUUCAUAGCGGGCCCAAUGAUUGGUGCUAUGUUUUCGCGGCUUUCGGACAAAACGAGUGCGUUGUGGUUUUUCGCACCGGCCAUGUUUGCGAUGCUGCUAGCCGUAGCCGACAUUCUGUUUUUGGCGCUGUGCCUGAAGGAAACGCUACCGAAGGAGAAGCGAUCGACGCGCAUCAUCAACUCACUAUCGCACGCUAUCGAUCACAUCAGUAUUAGAGCGUUGUUUCGCUUCUCGGCGGUGGAAAAUUUGUCCCAGAAGGAUGUGCGCUCGCUGAGGAGCUUGGGUGUGACUUACUUUUUAUACCUAUUCCUGUACUCCGGACUUGAGUUUACGGUAACGUUUUUGAUGUACCACAAGUUCGGAUACACGUCGAUCGAUCAAGCAAAGGUGUUUCUUACUACAGGUGUACUAAUGGCGUUGCUGCAAGGUUCGGUAGUGCGCCGGCUUCCCGAUCGGUUGGUAAAGACUUCCGCCGUAUUUGGUCUCUAUUUAAUCAUUCCUGCCUUCAUCAUCGUCGGGUUGGCCGAGUCUUCCCCCAUGCUUUACCUGGGCAUGAUCCUGUUUGCCAUCUCCACCGCCUUUGUAGUAACGUGCAUGACUACCAUCACGUCCAAGUACGGUGAUUUCCAUCAGAAAGGUACCGUGCUGGGAGUGUUUCGAUCGCUCGGUGCGCUGGCCCGUGCGGUCGGUCCGAUCGUUGCAUCGGUGGCAUUCUGGGGUGUUGGUGCACGGAUAACGUACAUCGCAGGAGGAUUGCUGUUGCUGUGGCCCGCUCUUAUGCUACAGUACUUAAAGCUGUGAAUAAUGUGAAC